AUGGGAGCCAAAGCCCAAUUCCUACGGGAUGUUCGCAAGAGAUUGUCGGCAGAAAAUAUGGAGGUUCAACGACGAGCGUAUCUUUUUGUCGCCAGAAAUACCACUCUCCCCGCUACCGUCCGACACAAGGCCCAGCUGGGUCUCAACUCUCUCAAUGGGGGCGAGGGACGCAUGGGAGCUGUGAGCAAUAGGUGUACAGAGACAGGCAGGGGACGAGGUGUCAUAUCCAAGUUUGGCCUUUGUCGAUUCCAAUUCAGAACAAAGGCUCUGCGAGGCGAUCUUCCUGGGGUCCACAAGGCGAGCUGGUAG